UUAGAAUUCAGCCGGAUUUAAUUCUUGAAUUCGGGACGAAUCCAAAACAUUUCAAAUCACGAAGAGACACCUAGCGGCUGUUUACGAAAAUUCUUCUUUCAUUUGCCGGCUAGUGGAUUUCCUCCGCGGCAAAAUGACCGAAACUCUUCAGCUGCGUGGUACCCUUCGUGGACACAACGGAUGGGUGACCCAAAUCGCCACCAACCCCAAAUAUCCGGAUACAAUCCUGUCAUGCUCCCGUGACAAGACCCUGAUCGUCUGGAAGCUGACGAGGGACGACGCUAACUACGGCUUCCCUCAGAAGCGUCUCUACGGUCACUCGCACUUCGUGUCCGACGUGGUUCUUUCUUCGGACGGUAACUAUGCUUUGUCUGGCUCCUGGGACAAGACCCUGCGUCUUUGGGACUUGGCUGCCGGUAAAACCACUCGUCGCUUCGAAGAUCACACUAAGGACGUGUUGAGCGUGGCCUUCUCUGUUGAUAACAGACAGAUUGUCUCUGGCAGCAGGGACAAGACCAUCAAGCUGUGGAACACCCUUGCCGAGUGCAAGUACACCAUCCAGGAGGAAGGACACACUGACUGGGUGUCAUGCGUCCGCUUCUCCCCCAACCACCAAAACCCCAUCAUUGUCUCCUGCGGCUGGGACAGGAUGGUCAAGGUUUGGAACUUGACCAACUGCCGCCUGAAGAUCAACCACAUCGGCCACACUGGCUACCUGAACACUGUCACCGUCUCCCCCGACGGUUCCCUGUGCGCGUCUGGUGGCAAGGACUGCAAGGCCAUGCUCUGGGACUUGAACGAUGGCAAGCACCUGCACACUCUUGACCACAAUGACAUCAUCACUGCCCUUUGCUUCUCCCCCAACCGAUACUGGCUCUGCGCCGCUUUCGGACCUUCCAUUAAGAUUUGGGAUCUGGAAAGCAAGGACAUGGUUGAGGAACUGCGACCUGAGGUCGUGUCUCAGUCCAAGGCUGAACCUCCCCAGUGCUUGUCCCUUGCCUGGUCCACUGAUGGACAGACCCUGUUUGCUGGCUACUCCGAUAACACAAUCCGUGUUUGGCAAGUGUCGGUGACGUCUGUAACUUCUCAUUAAAAUGGACUUUAAUUCCUUAUAAAUCCAUGUGGAUUUCAUUUCGACUCGCCUUUUGGUGAACUCCGAAUGUUAGGCAUUUUUUAUUUUGUAAGUUGUAAAUAAAAUCAACCCCUUCAAACCAAAUA